UCUUCCCCUGGCGGUUCACUGUUUGUGAGCGCUAUACUACAUGUUGCCCAUGCGCAAAGCGCCAUGUUGGAGGAAAUUGCUGUGAACGAGAAGCACUGAUACAAAUCCGUGUUUUGUUAUCCAACUUAUCUGAUUAUCUACGUUUAUUUUGAAAUUCAAAUGAUUUUUAUGUUAUUUUAAAUGAUCGAACAAAGAAGCACGGAAGAUCAACACAAUUCGAGCGCAAAUGCAAGAGCAGAAAUACCGCGUUUGCAGGCCCUUGAAGCGGUGGGUUUUGGGGGCACAGCAAGUGUGACAAUCCAUUUAAUUUUGUUCUGGGAUGCCUUGGAUUUCAACUUCGACAACUGGACAACCAGAGUGACAGUGCCUGGAGGGGAAACAAACACCCUCUCAUAUCGAAAUCUUUCUUAUGCGUUGCUCCACACUAUAAACACGACAAAAAAGCAACAUUUAUAGUUGGGACAAAUUAUUUAUUUCCUAUACGGAGUAGUAUUCUCUAUUGGUCCUCAUGAUGUCUAUCACCAACAUGCCUACGAGUAACGACGCUUGCCUGAGCAUUGUACACAGCUUGAUGUGUCAUAGGCAAGGGGCAGAGAGUGAGACCUUUGCCAAGCGAGCAAUAGAAAGUCUAGUGAAAAAGCUGAAGGAGAAGAAGGAUGAACUGGACUCCCUUAUCACAGCCAUCACCACCAAUGGAGCUCACCCCAGCAAGUGUGUCACCAUCCAGCGGACUCUGGAUGGCCGCCUGCAGGUAGCAGGGCGUAAAGGGUUCCCCCACGUGAUCUACACUCGGUUGUGGAGAUGGCCCGAUCUGCAUAAAAAUGAACUGAAGCAUGUCAAAUACUGCCAGUUUGCAUUUGACCUGAAGUGUGACAACGUCUGCGUGAACCCCUACCACUAUGACCGGGUGGUGUCUCCGGGUAUUGACCUAUCAAGCUUGACUCUUACCAGCACAGCUACCAGCCUGGGACUGAUGGUUAAAGAUGAGUACGACUUUGACGGCCAGCCCCAGCUGCCCACCAUGGACGGGGGUCACUCCCUCCAAACCAUCCAGCAUCCUCCCUCCAGCCGAGUUGGGCCCCCCUCGGAGCCCUUCAGCACCGCUGGCCUGCUGCCCCUCGCUGAUGCCCGCACCACCUCCGCCUUCCCCAGCAUCUCUGUUGGAUCAGGAAAUGCCACCUCCACCUGGACGAGAAACAGCAGCUUCAUGCCCAACAUGCCUCACCAUCAGAAUGGGCACCUGCAACACCACCCACCCAUGCCUCAUCCAGGGCACUACUGGCCUGUGCACAACGAGCAUGGCUUCCAGCCCCCCAUAUCCAACCAUCCAGCGCCCGAUUACUGGUGCUCCACCGCUUACUUUGAGAUGGACGUGCAGGUGGGCGAGACCUUCAAGGUGCCCUCCACUUGCCCUGUCGUGACCGUGGACGGCUACGUGGACCCGUCGGGUGGAGACCGCUUCUGUCUGGGCCAGCUGAGCAACGUGCACCGGACAGAGGCCAUUGAAAGAGCCAGGCUUCACAUCGGGAAGGGGAUCCAGCUGGAGUGCAAAGGUGAAGGGGACGUGUGGGUCCGUUGCCAUAGCGACCACGCAGUGUUUGUGCAGAGCUACUACCUGGACAGGGAAGCCGGCCGCGCCCCCGGCGACGCCGUGCACAAGAUCUACCCCAGCGCCUACAUCAAGGUGUUUGACCUGCAUCAGUGCCACAGGCAAAUGCAGCAGCAGGCGGCGACGGCGCAGGCGGCAGCCGCAGCUCAGGCUGCCUCUAUUGCUGGGAACAUCUCUGGGCCGGGCUCCGUGGGAGGCAUCGCUCCCGCCAUCAGCCUUUCGGCAGCAGCCGGCAUCGGCGUGGACGACCUGAGGAGACUGUGCAUCCUGCGCAUGAGCUUUGUCAAGGGCUGGGGUCCCGACUACCCCCGGACGAGCAUCAAGGAGACCCCCUGCUGGAUUGAGAUCCACCUACACCGCGCCCUCCAGCUACUGGACGAGGUGCUGCACACCAUGCCCAUCGCUGACCACCAACCCUUGGACUGAACCACCAGACUGACCCCUCCCCUGUGACACUUCAGUGUGAGAGAACUUGGAAUGAGGCGGGGUAGGGGACAGGAAAGACGCCCUGUUUAGCUAUACAAGUAAACAAAGACUUGUUUCUCUCUAUGGGUCGUUCCUCUUUUCUUUGCCUUCAUAUUGUCAAGUACGUCCAGGUCAGGACAGAGGCUUUGAUGAAGAAAGGGGGCUACUCUUUUCAAUCGCCCUGGUGCCCUUCACCAGUGAUCCCAUCUGGGUAACCUAUGCAGUGUUUUCCACAAGCACAUGGAGUAUUCAGCCAAAUAGAAAAAGUAGCCAGCCAGGCUUCCCUGUUGUUUUUUUUGCAGAACAUGCUCUAUUUUGGUGGUCUCUGAUACAUUCUAAUGCCUUGAUUCCAUGCAAAAUGAUUGCAUACUUUGAGGUUACCGCCCAGAUUGGAAAAGUGUUUACAAUUUAAAUGACUGAAUUUAAGUAUUGUUAGUUGUUUAGGGUAUCGAUCAUAUGAUCAGGACUAUUUUCUAAGUAAGGACAUAAAACCUCUCAACAUUUAACCUGCCUUCUCUUGAGAUUAAAGUAUUUUACUGCAAGAUA